AUGGCUUACCACACUCGCUCUAACAGCUUCCCCUCCAGGCCACACCCUCUUUUCCAAGAAGUUGAUGAACAUUUGUGUAGAUUGAGGUCUUCCGAAGCCACAUCCACAUCUUCAUCAACAAUAUGCCACAAGCUAAAUGGUCUGCAAGACAUGCAUGGUUGUGUUGAUAGGAUGCUUCAAUUGCCACUCACCCAACAAUCCCUAGCCCAAGAGAAGCAUGAGAACAUGGUUACAGAGCUAUUAGAUGGAUCUCUCAGUCUCUUGGAUGUUUGUAGCACUGCUAAGGAUGCCCUGUCGCAAACCAAGGCCUGCAUACAAGAUCUUCAAUCUAUCAUUCGAAGAAGGCGUGCAGAAGAAUCUGGAGUACUAACAACUGAGGUUAGGAAAUACUUGACCUCCAGUAAGACGAUUAAAAAGGUACUCCACAAGGCUUUGGAGAACCUGAAGGUAACAGCAGACAGAUCCACUUUCUCUUCCCUCCACAGGCACCAAGACGCUAUCACCAUUGUUAGCAAGUUGAGAGACGUUAAAGCAGUCACAGUCACCGUGUUUGAAUCAGUGCUGUCCUUCAUCUCUGGGCCAAAGCCCAAGCCUAGCAGCUGGUCAUUGGUUUCCAAGAUAGUACAAUCAAAGAAAGUAGCUUGUGAGGAAGAAGCAAAAGUAAAUGAAUUUGCAGACGUGGAUGCUGCAUUAAAGUCACUCAAGAGUGCAGAGAAUGCACAGAACCAGCUUAACAAUCUGGAGUCGUGCAUUCAAAACCUAGAAGAAGGACUCGAGUGCCUAUUUAGGCUCUUAAUCAAAACUAGAGUCUCCCUUCUCAACAUCCUAAACCAGUAG